AUGGGACACUUCCUUGAAGAUGGUGCACCUCCAGCGCCACCUCCAGACAAGUCGCCCGACGACUGGACUCCGUACCGGGAUCGUGUCGAGUUUGAGACUGCGGAGUUUCUGUAUGCGCGCAACCAAAUGUCCGCCGGGGAUAUCAACAUUUUAUUGGAUCUUUGGGCCGCAACCCUCCUGAAAUACGACGACAAGCCGCCGUUCGCAGACUGCCGCGACUUGCAUAGAACGAUCGACAAUACACCAUUAGGCGAUGUCAAAUGGCAAUCGUUCAAGGUACGGUACACUGGGGAGAAGCCAACAAGCGAUGUACCACCCUGGAUGGACCAGUCUCAUGAUGUGUGGUACCGUGACCCCCAUGAGGUGAUUCGGAAUAUGUUGGGAAAUCCCGACUACGAAAAAGAGAUGGAUUACCGCCCUUUCCGUGAGUACUCAGCUGACGGCGACAAACGACAAUGGCAGGACUUCAUGUCCGGUGAUUGGGCUUGGAAUCAAGCCGACAUAAUUUGUGAAGAUCCGGAUACGCUCGGCUCAACAUUCGUACCGGUUAUACUCGGAUCUGAUAAGACCACUGUUUCGGUGGCGACUGGCGCGAACGAUUACUAUCCCUUAUACGUAUUGAUUGGCAAUGUGCGCAACAACGUCCGGCGUGCACAUCGUGACGCCGUUGCCAUUGUUGGUUUCCUUGCUAUGCCGAAAACUACAAAGGAGCACGCUGCCGAUGCAAUAUAUCGGAAAUAUCGCCGACAAUUGUUUCAUUCAUCCAUCGCCAAGAUUCUCGAGAACCUGAGACCGAGCAUGACCAAACCAGAGGUUGUUCGCUUUGGUGAUGGCCACUAUCGGCGUGUGAUUUACGGGCUUGGUCCGUAUAUCGCAGAUUACGAAGAGCAGGUUCUUCUAGCAUGUAUAGUGCGCGGCUGGUGCCCCAGGUGUAUGUCCAACCGCAAGAAUUUAGAUGAGAAGUCGUUGUGUCGGUGUCGUGACCAUACGGAGGCGCUGAUCGAAGAGGUUGCAACGUCCCUCGCGCUGUGGGACGAGUACGGGAUUGUCGGCGACCUUGUUCCGUUUACAAACGACUUCCCUCGCGCUGAUAUACAUGAGUUGAUUGCACCGGAUCUCCUGCAUCAACUCAUAAAAGGAACCUUCAAGGAUCACUUGGUCGAGUGGGUUGGAAAGUAUUUGGUACACGUACAUGGUAAGAAAGAGGCAGAGAAAAUUCAAGAUGAUAUAGACCGAAGAAUUGCUGCAGUUUCCUCCUUUGCAGGCCUUCGACGCUUUCCAGAAGGUCGAGGAUUCAAACAAUGGACAGGUGAUGAUUCGAAAGCGCUUAUGAAGGUUUAUUUACCCGCCAUCGAAGGCCACGUCCCAACUGAUGUGGUGCGCACGUUUCGUGCAUUCCUUGAAUUCUGCUAUCUCGUACGGCGUAGCAUCAUUACGGAAUCUACAUUAUAUCAAAUCCAGGACGCUCUCGACCGAUUCCAUCACUACAGGGCUAUUUUUGAGUCCACCGGCGUCACAAAGCACAUCAAGGCAGUGAAGGAACCGUGGAGACGAUCGAGUCGCUACAAAGCACUCGGUCAAAUGCUGGUGACAAACCAGCGCUUAGAUAAACUUGCCGCAGCGCGCGUGGAUUUCAAGAGCCGUGGAAUGUUGAACGGCACCUGUCUGUCUGCAAUGCUUCAAAGAUUAAGAUCCUUUUGCCACCAACGAGUCCAACCAAGACAACGACAAUCUUUUGGUGCUGCCUUCCAACCCCGACAACGCAAAUGUGCAUGCACGAUCUCUAAUUUAUCUACAGAACUUGGUAUCCCCCAUCUCUACACCCUCCUCCGCCGAUUCUUAUUCGAGCAAGCAAACCCAGACGACCAGCGUGCUCCCUCUGACAUCCCGCUUGCAAGAUGUCCUCAAUUCGAUGGAAAAAUUCAAGUGUUCAACUCUGCGUCAUCAAUGUUUUAUGCACCCAGUGACCGCAGCGGGAUUGGCGGCAUGCGGCGGGAACACAUCCGUGCCUGUCCCGUUUGGAGAAACGAAGCACCCCGGUAUGACUGCAUGUUCGUUAACACGGAUGCAGGUGUUGAAGGGAUGGGGGGCAUGGAGGUAGCCCGUAUAAUGUGUUUUUUUUCAUUCACAUUUGAAGGUAUUUCGUACCCAUGCGCUGUAGUACGCUGGUUCGACAAAGCCAGCGAUGGGCCCGACGAAGACACAGGGAUGUGGAUCGUCCAGCCUUCAUUUGAUACAGAUAAUUCACCGUUCGUUGGAAUCAUCCACGUCGACUCAAUCUAUCGCGCCGCACACCUUGUUCCAAUCUAUGGAACACAGUUCAUCCCACGCGACCUCAAGCACUAUGAUUCGUAUGACGCUUUUCAAGCAUUCUACGUGAACAAAUUCGCAGACCAUCACGCAUUUGAGAUUGCGUCUUAG